AUGUCCAAACUCACCUUGGGUUUGAUAGCUGCUGGUGGUGCAGCUGCAGGAGCUGCAGCGACUGCAGCGCUUUACUCUGCAAAGAAGGAUGGCCCUCCGUCUGCACCAUCCGUCAUCACGACUACGACGACAACCAUAGCUGGGCCCGGCCGGCCAGCGCCUGUACCCUCGGUCCCUGCCACGCCAUCGCCCGCUGUGGCUGUGGCUGCCCGGAGAGCAGUCGUAGACCCCAACGGUCUCUUCCAAUAUGGGUUCCCGGGCCCAGUCAACGAUCUCCGGCCUGCCGCCUCCCUCACAUCAAGUUACGACCGACGAACACGAAACCCCGCAUGGGUCGCCGAGCACAUUACGCCCGAGUCGCUAGCCAACAGCAACGCGGACAGGAAACACAGCGUGUUUGUAGAAGACGUGACGAUCCCCGAGAUGUUCCGUGCAAAGCUGAAGGACUACUUCCGCUCUGGCUACGAUAGGGGGCAUCAAGUCCCUGCUGCAGAUGCCAAGUGGAGCCAGGAAGCCAUGGACGAUACUUUUGCGUUGAGCAACAUGUGUCCGCAAGUGGGCGAUGGCUUCAACCGCGACUACUGGGCGCAUUUCGAAGACUUCUGCCGGAGGCUCACACACUCGUACCCCUCGGUCCGCAUCGUAACCGGCCCUCUGUAUCUCCCCAAGCGCGAGGCCGACGGCAAAUGGCGAGUGUCAUAUGAAGUCAUCGGCUCACCACCCAACGUGGCUGUGCCUACACAUUUCUACAAGGUCAUCUUCGCCGAAGACGGGAAGCUGGGGGGCAAGGUGGCGCUGGGUGCUUUUGUGCUGCCGAAUGCCGUCAUUCCCAGCCACAAACCGUUGACGGAUUUUGAAGUACCGGUCGAGGCGGUGGAGAGGGCUAGUGGACUGGAAUUUGCGACUAAGCUCACGCCAGAGAGGAAGAAGAGGUUGUGCCAGGAGGUCAAUUGCAGUGUCAUUGUAAAGGAGUAUGCGCAGAGGCAGAAGACGUUUGCUAAGAAAUAG